AUGACGUCUAAAGAAGAAUGGUUUGAUAAAGCAACUUCUGAUGAUGGUAAAAUUCGUAAAAUACCAUACGAAGACAUUUCCAAGGGAGAACUUAUUGGUGAUGGAUCUUUCGGGAAAGUGUAUUUAGCUAAAUGCAAUUCAAUCGCCGAAAACAUCGUACUCAAAAAGAUCAAAAAAUGCCAUAUUAAAGGAAAAGAUAGCUUCUACGGAUUUAUAAAAGAGUUAAAAAUACAUAGUAAUUUGAAUCAUACGAGUAUUAUUCACUUAUACGGAAUCAGUGAGAAGAAGCACGAUACUUUAAACUGGACCAAAAAAAUAUCACUAGCUAAGCAAAUGGCUGAUGGUAUUCAUUAUCUUCACUCGCACGAUAUAAUUCAUCGAGAUUUGCAUUCCAAAAAUAUUUUAUUACGUGAUGAUCAAAUAAAAAUUGCAGAUUUUGGUCUUUCUAAGGAUGUUAAUAGCAAACCCUCCAGUGCUUCGGAAAAUUUGGGCGCGACACCGUAUACUGAGCCUAAAACCCUUGAGCAUGAAAUUAUUGAAGGACUACGUGAAGAUCCACUUCCUGAUACCCCUGUUAAAUAUAUGGAAUUAUAUCAGCAUUGUUGGAAACUUGAGCCGGAAGAUCGCCCUUCAAUCCAGGAGAUUUGCAAAAGGGCGCCAACUGCAUUCAUGCUUUUCCGUAUAAAAUAUUUGGAGGGUCUUCUGCGAGUUGGCGUCAAUUGUCGGAUGCGAAUUGUAAGUCGCAUGGCUUCCGCAGCUUGGAAACGACAACCAGAAUUUAUAAAAUGCGGUCAGAGACGAAGACCUCAACAACAAAUGGUGAACACAGUGUCAAUCGGCCUUGAUGUUUACCAAACUCCAGCAUCAAAUACACAAAUAUUCGUAAACGAUCCAAUGUCAAUUAAAUUCAUUUAUUUGCAAGUAGAUUAA